AUGGCCAUCAGGUUCGCCAUCCGUCUGCACAACCGCUACACAGCCCUCAAGGCCAAGGCCAAGGGACUUCGUGUCGGUAGGGACAGUAGCAGCAGGAGGAACGGCGGCCAGAAACAGUGCCUCUGGUGCAGGAUCCUCAGACGCAAAAGCCCCCAAACUCUCAUGAAGAACGCAGACAUUCACGACUGGAUGUCCUCGGAUGAGACCCUCGUUGACCACCAGCCAGAGAUGCAAGUAAUCCGAGACCUCAGCGGCAACUUCAACCCCGAAGAGAGGUUCCCAUUCCGUGAAGGGGCUGUUAGUCGCCUCUCAGCUAGGUCCAACGCACCCUCCAGCAUCUAUUCUUCAGAUGAGACCUGCGUCGGCAGCGACCACAACAACAACAGCGAUGACGACGACAACGACUGGUCAUCCGAAGUCUGCUCCAUCGAUGAAGAAGAGGAGGAGACCUUCUACGACGCAGAGGACGGCCUCCUAAGGCCUACCAGAGAUAUGGACCCUCUGCCGUCAACGUACUCUCCCUUCGCAUCAGACCUCCCCAGUCUCCCGUCCGUGUACUGCUCCCUCUGUGCGUUCUAG